GAUCAAACAGACGGUUGAGAACGUUCCAGACAACAUUCUAGAAACGAACCCCCUCUCCUUCUCCAUUCCUUUCUUUUCCACCACCACCCCCAUCUUUCCCUUUGCUUCAUUCAACGCGCGCUCUCUCGGUGGAGAUCUAUGGCGGAGGUGGUUGUGAGCAAAGCCAAUCUGUUCCCGUCGUCAUGCCAUCAUCAAAACAUGUCUGUAUUUCCCAAGACUUCAGGGUCUUCGUUAUCAUUCUCACCCAAGACCGACUUUCAUGGCAAAUCGAUUAGGCUUCGACGACCCUUUCCAACUAGAAGCAAUCUGCAAUUCCGACCCAUUAAUUCCCAGCUUCAGCAGCCGGGUUUUCGAGUCGGUAAAGCUCGUAAAUGGUGGGUGAAGGGGAACCAACCCAACAUGAAAGAGGUGACAUCAGCACAAGACCUUGUGGAUUCCCUGUUAAACGCAGGAGAUAAGCUUGUCGUCCUCGAUUUCUUCUCCCCUGGUUGUGGUGGCUGCAAAGCCCUUCAUCCCAAGAUAUGUCAAUUUGCAGAGAUGAACCCAGAUGUUCAAUUUCUUCAGGUGAACUAUGAGGAACACAAAUCCAUGUGUUAUAGCCUCAAUGUUCAUGUCCUUCCCUUCUUCCGCUUCUACAGAGGAGCUCAGGGUCGUGUAUGCAGCUUUAGCUGUACAAAUGCCACGAUAAAAAAAUUUAAAGAUGCAUUAGCCAAGCACAAGCCAGAACGUUGCAGCCUUGGGCCAACUAAAGGGCUGGAGGAGAAAGAGCUCCUUGCGCUCUCCGCUAAUAAAGAUCUUGAAUUCACCUACACCCCUAAACACGUUGAACAUGUGUCUGCAAAAGCAGCGGAGGAAAUGAUUGUGACAGCACCAUCUCGUUCAAGCUCAGAGUCUCUUCCUUUGCCUUCGGCAACAUUGAAGUCUGGUCAAAUCUCCAAGGAGAGGAACACGGUCAGUGCUGGGAGAUGAUGCUAUGCAUUCAGCUUUUUACUGUUCUGCCCUGUCGAUAGAGCCCCUGUACAGUUGUGUUGUUUUCUUAAUGUAAUGUAUAGAUACUAGGGAGCAGGAUAGUAAUGAAGGUUAAGUCAAUACUGAGUUGUAGCAGGCUGUUUGGAUUUGAUUUUGGGAAAUCCAUGGCCUGAAAUGUGCGAGUAAAUUUGAUGAGCUACCAAUUGUGCGAGUGUUGGUUUGCUCUGUUCUGCUGUAAUUGUGUAAUACAAAAUGCUUAUUUUCCAUUUCUCCAUUGAUGCAAGAACUGCGGGAGUGAUUAUGUUAAACGUAUCUUUAUGACUAGCGUUUUGACUCAUGUUUUGGCACGGAGAAAAUGCAAGCGCAUAAAUAAAGUGGUUUCUUGUACUGAUCCUUUCACCUUUU